UAAAGAAAAAAAUCACCAAAACUCAAUAAAAUCUUUUUCUACAAUUUUCUCUCUUUCUUCUUCGUCUUAAUUGCUUAGAGUUAUCUUUCUAUCUCUCUUUGAAAAUCUCUUCCUUUUUCUUCAUCAAUCGAUAGAUAAUGGGUCCGAUUGUGUUGACACAGUUGGCAACUGGGCUUAGCGUGUUGGCCGGAGCAGCCUUGGUCAAAUCAGUGAUGGACCAGAACAACCCCAUGGCCGGCGGCUCAUUUCCGAGGUGUCCCAGCUGCAACGGAACCGGCCGAGUUUCCUGCUUUUGCUCGCGGUGGUCCGACGGAGAUGUCGGGUGUCGGACAUGUUCCGGGUCGGGUAGGAUGGCUUGUAACAGCUGCGGUGGUACGGGUACGGGUCGGCCCCUUCCGGCCCAGAUUACUGUUCGGCGUUCAAACACUCCGUCGUGAUGGGUUUGUUCUUAGAUUUCUUUAGUUCUCUAUAUACAAUCUAAUCUCCUCUUCCUCAUUUUUUUUAAAAUUAAUUCUGUAAUAUAUAAUUAAGCUGAUGAUACUUUGAGAGAGGCAGAGGAUGUGAGAGAUUUGCUAGGCUGUAAUGACCUCAAUUGUUGAAAUGGGACAAUAUCACACAUAUAUAUUAAUAUUUAGUGGUAAAUAUUGAAAA